CGCGCAGCGAAAGGGCAGAUGCCCUUACGCGGUUCGUGUUCCCAUUGGUGGGUACGCGUUCGUCUAUCCGGAUCGACAUACUUAACAAGAUCCGGUAGUAUUUGUCGUGGAGUAUUUGAAAAUUUGUUAAAUUCAAGAAAUAUAAGGACGAUCGUUCAGCCGCCCCCUGUGGGAGGCAGCAACUCUAUUCGUAGUCAUCUCGAUAGACUGUACGAUCUCUGUGUGGCAGCAACAGUAGCUAGAGGCAAUCGCAGCGCCGUCAACAACACGGCGACAACGAGAACGACAGCAGCGCCAUCAGCGCAACCGCCAUCGCAGCGAGAAGAAACAGUAUUCCUUCGAGGAGAGAAAGAAGAAAUGCCUGUAGGUUCGCGAACGUUUACGCGACCAAAGAUGGAGGCUUCAUCCAGUUUGUAACACGGCGGCCAGGUCACGUUUAAAGUUCAACAACGGAGCCCUCGAGCGCUCCUCGAGUCGGCUGCCUAAAGUCUCCUUUGCCCCGUGCUACUUUUCUUCGUAAGCCCCGCGAGGCUGGAGGAUGGAGCUACGCGUUGGGAAUAAGUACCGGCUCGGACGGAAAAUCGGGAGCGGUUCCUUCGGCGACAUUUAUCUAGGCACCAACAUCUCCACCGGCGAGGAAGUCGCCAUCAAAUUAGAAUGUAUAAAAACGCGGCAUCCGCAGUUGCACAUAGAAUCGAAGUUCUACAAGAUGAUGCAAGGUGGUGUUGGUAUACCUACCAUAAAAUGGUGUGGUUCAGAAGGUGACUACAAUGUAAUGGUAAUGGAGCUGCUUGGCCCAUCGCUGGAGGAUCUGUUUAAUUUUUGUUCAAGAAGAUUUUCCUUGAAAACAGUGUUGCUUCUGGCUGAUCAAUUGAUAAGUCGAACGGAUUACAUUCACAGUCGCAAUUUUAUACACCGAGAUAUCAAGCCAGACAAUUUUUUGAUGGGACUAGGAAAGAAGGGAAAUUUAGUGUAUAUUAUAGACUUUGGGUUGGCUAAAAAGUAUCGCGACGGCCGUACUCACAAACACAUACCGUAUCGAGAAAACAAGAAUUUGACAGGAACGGCCAGAUACGCGAGUAUCAAUACACAUUUGGGAAUUGAACAGUCACGGCGAGAUGACCUUGAAUCCUUAGGGUAUGUUCUUAUGUACUUCAACAGAGGUAGCUUACCUUGGCAAGGCUUGAAAGCAGCGACUAAAAGACAAAAGUACGAGCGUAUAUCUGAAAAGAAAAUGUCUACGCCCGUCGAGGAAUUGUGCAAGGGUUAUCCUGUAGAGUUCGCCUCGUACCUAAGGUACUGCCGAGGAUUGCGAUUCGAAGAGAGGCCGGAUUAUUCGUACCUACGGCAACUAUUCCGGACAUUGUUCCACGGUGAGGGUUUCACUUACGAUUACGUGUUCGACUGGAACAUGUUGAAGUUCGGUAACGUCAGGCAGCAAACGUUGUCGUCGACGCAACAGGCACCGAUGCAGUCGCAACACACGAACGCGGCCCUGCCUUCUGGGACCAAUAACGAUCAGGAACAUCGAUCUAGGCCCUACACACGGCAGUGUUUGGCAAACGCAUCAGUGGGAACGGUGGGCCCGACCGUGGGCGGAACAGCGACGAAUCUACGAAGCCUGCGACAGAAACGCGAGGCGAUAGACGCUCUUCGCGAUCAGGACAAUCAGGACAAGAGCGAUCUUCAAGCAUCGGGAGCCGGUUUGCAGGAACGAAGGGUCAGCAUGAGGUUGCAUCGCAGGGAUGCAGCUGCAGGGGAAAUGCAGCCGAAGACCAAGUUGAUGAAAAGCACGAGCGGCUAACCGAACAGACGGUAGCGGGUCUACCCACGGAUUUAAUCGUCGAGUUAAUUCCGUUGGCGAGAAGAAUCUCUUUUAGCCAGGCCGACCAUGAAACACAAACACGAAUUCCCUGCCUUCCAUUUUUACGAUCCUUUGCCUUCCCUUCGUGGAAUCUGUUCUCGCCAUGUGUAACACACAUUCGUCGAUGCUUUUCUUUCUUUAACCCUUUCGUUGCGAGAAAACAGCUGACAUUUGAGAUUUCUUAUCACGAAUAACGUAAAAAAGUGCAAUAGAGUUCGGUUACAGGAUGAUUCAUAAAUGGCGUGGUAAUAAUUCAGGGGGAUGAACGUACACAUAUAUACAUGUUGUUUGAACAUAAUCACGUUGUACAUGUUGUAGUUUCUGUAAAAUAGUCGUUUUCGUUAUGGUAGUCAGUGUGCUAUUCAACUAAGUUUUACAGAAACAUCAUUUUAAUUAAUAAUGAAUUAAUUUUCUCCAAUCUUGCGUCACUCAGAAACUAUAAUGUAUACGACGUAUGUACGUUCGAAUAACAUUUUGUUUACUUGUUUUUUUAGUGUGUAGAUUCACCGCCUAAAGGAUAAUGCCGUACAAGUACGGCGUUCACAAGUGACGAGCGGUUUUCCAUGACGUAUAUAUACGUCGCACGCAGCGAAAUGGGUUAAACGCGUCGUAUAAGAUCUCCAAGGAUGGCAAGAGAUCACCGAUCGAAAAAGGAAGAUUAGCCCAGCGCUAAAAACCAAUCUGCAUCGUCGAAAUUCAGAUCGACCGAUGAUUAAGAACAAGAGCGGACGAGAAAGUAAAAGAAAAAGAAAAUAUUCAUUUAUCCAUUAUUUUAAUGUAACGAGAUCGCUGCUGGAGUAUCGAUCCACUGGUGGUAUCCUUUUCGUUUCAAUACUUUCCAAGUGACAAUUCAUUUUCUUGCCACGAUCUGCGGCAUCCUCAGUGGAUCGAGUAUCCUCGCAGCAGGACAUUCAAGCUUUCAUCUAUCUCCCAUAUUUUCUUUUCAUGCUUUUAGGGGUUCGUCAACUCCCAACUGAAGUGCAAUUGUAAAAAAAUUAACGUGGAACCAAAAUAGUUUGGUUGUUCUGUGUUGUUUUGCGAAGCCAACAAUGUUAAUCAUUUGUGUUAUACAUUCGGAUGGCAACGUAGGCUUCUCUUGAUUAAAGAGAAAGAUCGAAUUUUUAGAGAAUUCUCUUAACUUUAAUUCUUCUUCUUAAAUUAAAGAGAAGCCCAAGUUGCAGUGAAACCGUACGAUGAAUAAAUAAAUGCGAGCGUGUAUCAACAACGACAGAGACGCGAUUUCUCUCAGCGAGGAAAUAAUCAAAAAUUCUAUAGGCAGCUAAUCGAUAAGCGAUCGAACGCGAAGAGAAGAAUAGCGCAAAGGUGUAUUGAACAGAUAUGGUACGUUUCAUACGUGUUAUCGAUUUUAAUACUUGUACUCUAUCGAAUCGUAGGAUAUACAUAUACAUAAUAGUGAUUCUUAAUCUGCGACGUAAUAUCGUGUAUAUUUUGAAAUAAAACGAGAGACGCGGUUUGUAAUUAAUUUUUGAUAAACAGAAGAAGCGACACGACGACAACACCACUCCUAAACGGAGGAGCAAGAAAAAUAGCGCAAUCAGGAUCAAUUUAAUUCUAUGUUUCUUUUCUUUCUUAUUAUUAUUACUAUUAUUCUUUUCUUUUGCGAGAUGAUUAAGAAUCGCUGGCGUAAAGGGUUCAUUUGAGAAGAAAAAAAGAACGCUUCACUCGCAGCUGAUUGAUAGCGAGAGAUUCGAACGUGAAUCGAAUGAAAUGUAAGAGAAAGAAAAAAAAACAAAUGUGUGUUUGAUGAUCAAUGUUUCGAAACGUCUCCUUCGCGCAGACAGCCUGAUUUCGCGUUUUUCUCCGUCACUUUAUGUUCACCGUAGGGAUAAUGUAAUUACCGAUUAUAGGAGCUGAAACGAACGUUUGUUUUUAGACCGGAACGAACAACGACAGGCGAAUCGUGAAACGAGAAUACGUGAUAAAAUAUUUUAGAGAAAAAGGGGAAAGAGAUGAAAGAAAGUAUCUUUCUAGAGGAACGUUAAGUCGUUUCACGGUGUUUCCUGCCGUUUGCUCGCCGAAUUCUAGUUAAAUAAUAACAGAAAGUUUUGAAAAAAAGAAAAAAAAAGAAGAAGAAACGAAGCGUUUUUUAAAUUAAACGAGAUAAACGAGUAA